AGAAUCGACAGCGCUAUGAAGUGCACCCUUUUGUUCAGUUUUUUCAGCCUCAUUUGGUGUGCUGGGGGCAUUAAAAUUGAUUGCGAGAAUACGGAGGCCAUCAAUGAGGAGCACAUCCACUACUGCUGCAAGCAUCCCGAUGGACACAACGAUGUAAUCGAAGGAUGUGCCAAGGAGACCAACUUCACGCUGCCCAACCAAAACGAGGAGGCACUGGUGGACAUCACGGCGGACCGAGCCAUCCGGGGUACUUGCUUUGGCAAGUGCGUCUUCAGCAAACUGAACCUGAUGAAGGACAAUGCCUUGGACAUGGAUGCCGUGAGGAGCUUGUUCACCGAAAGGUUCUCCGAUGAUCCCGAGUAUGUCAAGGAAAUGAUCAACGCCUUUGAUCACUGUCACGGCAAAAGUGAGGAGAAUACCUCCAUGUUCCUGUCGAAGCCCCUCUUCAAGCAAAUGUCCCAGCAGUUCUGCGAUCCCAAGUCCAGCGUCAUCCUGGCCUGCGUCAUCCGCCAGUUCUUCCACAACUGUCCGGCGGAUCGCUGGUCCAAGACCAAGGAGUGCGAGGACACCCUGGCCUUCAGCAAGAAGUGCCAGAACUCGCUGGCCACUUUGUGAACAUAUCCUCUUUCUCCAAUAAAGAACAAUACAUUUACAAUUUACUAGAUGUAUGUUACUUUCUUU